ACAACUCCUUAUUCAUCCAAACGUCAGGCCGGUCGACAUCAUGGUGGAGCGAGCACUGUAAACGCCACGGAAAGUGUUGCUACCAGCACUAAAGACAUUGUAACUACGGAAAUUCCUGGUGAUGAACGUCUCCAAAUCGGCCAUUAUGUUUCUAGACUUAACUCUUCCAUAAUUGGAAAAGAGUUCAACUUUGAUAAUUCAACUCUAGCUGUAAUAAGAAGAGUUCUUCGGGAUCAAACAUUCAAGCUAAAGCCAAUCGAGUCCAUUGAUGCCAAGACGCCAUUUUUUGAUCUCGUGACUCCUGUGACCGCGUGUUCGAGUAACCACUACGGCGAAUUCAAACCUCACAUGGAAGAUUUUAGAAAGAGUUUCCCUGGAACGAAAUGUUUUUUCUACGAUCUUGGACUAAGCGAUGAGCAGUUCAAUGAAGUUAAAAACAUACCUGACCUAGUGUACAGAAAAUUCAACUUUAAUGCGUAUCCU